GGAGAAGAAUAAGAAGAAGAAGAAGAAUAAGAAGAAGAAGAGCAGUUACAUGACUUGACCAACAGAUGUCGUGUUUUCAUCGUGUCAGCCUUUAUGUUCAUCUCCCGUGCAAAACAGAUAAUAUAUACAGUGUGCAGUAGGUGGCAGUGAGGUUUAUUUAGGGGGGUGGGCUGUCAUUAAACAGAAGAAGAAGAAAGUUUUACCACCCUGCAUAGUGCAUUACAUUUACAGUAAUGGAGUCAUUGGCUGUGUUUUGUUAAACCCUGACGUCAGAAACAUUUGGCGCGAAACAAUAAUAAUAAUAAAGAUGGCGGAGGAGCUUGCAGGCAUUGUGAAGUGUCCCGUUUGCGCCGGGGAUUUUACGUCCAGCGAAAUUAACUCUCACUUGGAUAAAUGUUUGGAUCAAGGCUGGAAAAGCGAGGACGACCUUCGAGCAAGUGCCGGGCCUCCGGCUAAAAAGUCCCGCAUUAGCAGCGAGGCUAAAAGCGGCUCUGGAGCUGGGACUAGUGGGGCGGAAGUGAAACCAAAUCGACCUCCAGGUGCCGUGUUUUCAAUGUUCGACACCAAGAAGUCGUUUUUAUCGUCCAGACAGACUGCUACUGAAGGUAUGACACACGACACGACGUCGCCUAGCAACGCGCAUGACAGCGCGACACUUCCGGUUUCGGAUUCAGGAACCCGGAAGCGCAGUGAUGCAGCCGAGGCGCUGAACCAGAGGCUGCUGAACUCAGACAAACCUCUGGCAGAGAAGAUGAGGCCCAGCACCCUGGAGGAGUAUUUUGGGCAGAAUAAAGUGUUAGGAGAACACACACUUCUCAGAGCGCUGCUGCAGUCACAGGAAGUUCCCUCGCUCAUCCUGUGGGGACCUCCCGGAUGUGGAAAGACGACUCUGGCCCACAUCAUUGCCAGCUCCUGUAAAAAGAAAGGCACCGCACGCUUCGUGACCCUCUCGGCCACCAGCACGUCGACCAACGAGGUGCGAGAGGUGAUCAAGCAGGCGCAGAACGAGCUCCGACUCUGCAAGAGGAAAACCAUCAUGUUCAUCGACGAGAUCCAUCGCUUUAACAAAUCCCAACAGGACACGUUUCUGCCUCACGUGGAGUGCGGGACGAUCACGCUGAUCGGAGCGACCACGGAGAACCCGUCGUUUCAGGUGAACAGCGCCCUGCUGAGCCGCUGCAGGGUUCUGGUGCUCGAGAAGCUGAGCGUGUCGGCGAUGAGCUCGAUAUUGCGCCGGGCCGUGGAUUCCCUCGGGCUGAUCGUGUUACCGGACGACGGUUCAGGUCCGGACUGCUCUGCAGAGGGGCAGGUGUGUAUCGAGCAGAAAGCCCUGGACACCAUCGCUCACCUGUGUGACGGAGACGCUCGAUCGGCUCUCAAUGGCCUGCAACUGGCCGUGCAGGCGUGUGUGAACAAGACCCUCAACGCGGAAACACACACUCCUCAGACCACCGUGGUCCAGGAGGAGCAUGUCAAAGAGGGUUUACAGAGAUCACACAUCCUGUACGACAAAGCAGGUGAAGAACACUACAACUGCAUCUCAGCCCUGCACAAGUCAAUGAGGGGCUCAGAUGAAAACGCUGCCCUCUACUGGCUGGGCCGGAUGUUGGAGGGAGGUGAGGACCCGCUGUACGUGGCCCGCAGGCUGGUGCGCUUCGCUAGCGAGGACGUAGGUUUGGCCGAUCCUGCUGCGCUCCCACAGGCCGUGUCUGCGUUCCAGGCCUGCCACUUCAUCGGUAUGCCCGAGUGCGAGGUGAUCCUAGCGCAGUGUGUGAUGUACCUGGCCAGGGCUCCUAAGUCUGUCGAAGUAUAUAAAGCUUAUAACAAUGUUAAGGCCUGUCUGAGGAACCACAAAGGCCCUUUACCCCCAGUGCCGCUUCAUCUCCGCAACGCUCCAACCAAGCUAAUGAAGGAGUUAGGUUACGCUAAAGGCUACAAAUACAACCCAGCAUUCAACGGGCCAGUGGACCAAGAAUAUCUCCCUGAGGAACUCCGCGGCAUCAACUUUUUCACCUGGACGCCAUCUGACUGAUGAACUCGCACCACUUUCUCUAUGUGAAAGUGUUGGCUGCUUUAUUUACACUUUUGCCACUGUUUGUCUAAUUAAUAAUUAUACAAUCUGCACUUAAAUGCCAUGUGUGGUCUUUGUUCAUGACCAGCUUUUGUCACUUCUUAUAUUAAGUUUACUUUUAUUGUGUUUGUAAUUAGCUUACUGUAAUUUUUGUAAGUAGUUGUAACGAAUAAUUAAAAAAAGACACAUUUUGUUUUCUCGUGCAAUGUUUCUUUUUCUUACAGCAACUUUUCUAUGGAAUGUUUUGUUUUGGAAAUUCUUUCUUUCUGAACUUUUGUUCUUUUGAAAUUUCUUUCUUUUUUCAGAUUAUGUCAAUUUUGGGGGGUUUUUUUUUCCUUUCAUUUUUUUCCACCAAAAUUAGGUGAGUUAGAUGAUUUAUCAUAAACUAUAUUGUGAAAAUGAAAAUCAUUUAUGCAUCUUUCUUUUGGACUUCCUGAAUUUCUUUUGGAAUUUCUUCUAUUCUUCUUUUCUUUCUUUUGAAAAUUCUAUUAACAACGUAUUCAGGAAUUUCCGAUUUUUAUUUUAUUUUUUUUAUUAUUUUUCUUUAUUUGUUGUUUCUUAUAUUUCUUUUUCCUUGCUUAUAAAUUUUCUUAUAUUUCUUUAUUUCCUUUUUUUAUAUAUCUUUUGGAUUUUUUUUUCCUUUAUAAAUUUCUUUCUUUUUAAUUAUCUUUUUUGCAGAUAUUUUUUUUUCUGUCUGAUUAUUUUUUUGUUUGUUUCUUUCUGGAUUUCGUUCAUUAAACAAUUUCAGCCACAGCAGUGAUUAAGCAAAGAUGGGCAAUCACUGAUCAUAAUAAAUUUACAUUUACACCAUUUGGCAGACACCCUUAUCCAGGUGUUCAAAGCCCCAGCAGUGGCAGGUUGGGAUUUGAACUCAUGACCUUCUGAUCAGUAGUCUAAAUUGUCUUAAAAGAAAUUCCCUCACUACAAUCAAGCACUUACAAAACUGACCCCACUCUCCCCUACACAUUGACUGGAGUUUAUAUAAUAUCAGAGAGUAAUUAUCAAGUAAUCUUUAGAAAGCAAAUAGCCUGACAUGGGCACCUGCUGGGGGGCGUGGUGUCUUAGUGGUUAGCACGUUUACCUCGCACCUCCAGGGUUGGGGGCUCUAUUCCCACCUCCGCCCCAUAUGCUUGGAGCUUGCCUGUUGUCCCCGUGGGUACUCCGCUUUCCUCUGCCAGUCCAAAGACAUGUGCUGUAAGCUGAUUUCCUAAUUGUCCAUAGUGUGUGAAUGGGUGUGUGAUUGUGCCCUGCAAUGGGUUGGCACCCUGUCCAGGGUGUCCCCCACCUUGUGCCCCAAGUCCUCUGGGAUAGGCUCCAGGCUCCCUGUGACACUGUAGGAUAAGCGGUAUGGAAAAUGCAUAGAUGAGCACAAUCUCUUGCCUUAAUGAUCAAAUAUAAAUAUUAUGUUGAUAAGCUGAACACACCUUCUGAAAUCAAAUGAAACAUAAAGCACUUACAAUAAUACAAGUAUUUAUGGCUGGGGGUUUUGUGCUCUGGUCUAUGUUCGCUUACUGAAUUGAAUUUACUGAACACCCUGAGUGGCUCAAUAGAUUUAUUUUUUUAUUGUCCAGGAGAUGUCAGUGUAGAUCUUGGUGUCAAAUGAUUCCAGCUUAAAGUACGAACCAGGAAACAGACUCUCUUUGGAAAAGUCUUAUUGUCUUAAUCCAUACUCCCAUCAGGUGUCCAAUUACUACAGUCCGCUUCUGACACAAAAUUACUGGCUGACGUUAAAUUCAGGCAAAAGCAAUUGAGAGAGCCUUUCCUUAACCGAAGUGUGAAGUGUGAAGUAUGAAAUAGUGCUGGUUGUAAUGGUUUGGCAUUUGUGCAGCUCUUUAUUAGCUGAGAAUUCAAUUGAAAUCACUAUGUUUAAUGAAAUAAUUAGUCAUUCAGGUCUACAAAUAUUUGCAAAUGCAUAUUUUUUUUUCAACAAGAGAACAUUAAAUAAAA